AACUAAUAACAAGAUAUCAAUCAUCCCCUAAAUUUGGAUACACCCCUCCUAAAAUGAAAAGCUGAGGAACAUAUUUUUGCGUACUGAUCUCUAAAAACGGCAUUUCAUCGCAACCAUGGCUGAUAACUUUACGGCUGAUGUAUCUAGCCAAGAGAUUGAGUCCAUAGCACCACCUUGCGUGAACACUGUGGAUCUAAAUCUGAAAGAAGAGGAAUUUAAGUUGCCGCCUCUGAAGCAUUCGCCGAAUGAGAUCAGGUCGGCCCUGAAGUCUGUUCAGCAUAGAUUGGACGAAGUUGAUUCGUCGAAUAAGCUGAUCAAGCAAAAGAUCGAGUCGAUGUUGAACAAAAUCAUGUCGUACAAGAGCAGAUGGACGAUAUUUCAGGAGGAAAGAAACAAUAUUUUAAAAAAUAUUUCGGAUCCUGGAACAAAACCGAAAAUAGACACGACUGCUGAAGAUUACGAGAAGAUGACAGAAGUGAAGAAAGAUGAUUAUGAUGUCAUAGUUGGAGAUUAUAACAAAGAUAGAGACUACAAAAAGCAAUGUGACAAAACAAAGCAACCAUUGUUGAAGCUGAAAAAUGUUCGAUGACAUUUUCUCGUGAUUUUUGCAAUUUUAUUUUCUAUUUUUACAAAUAACAUUUUCGUAUUUCUUUUAAAUGUUUUUACACAUAUGCAUCUCUCCUAAAAAUAACUAUUAACUUUUUUUUAUGAAAUUUCAAAUCCAAGUCCCGGGCUUUCAACUAAAAGUAGAAAAAAUAGAUGAGCUGAAAGUCAUACUGACGCACUAUGAGCUGUGCGUAGGUUUAUUGGACACGAAAUAUACCUAUGGAUCGUUUUGCUAUUUUGUUGUUGUUGUUCUUGUUGGUAUGUUUCUUGUUAUUGUUAGAAAAUCGCUUUUCCUAUUUACUAAUGGACCAAUUGCUUCAAAAUUUUAGGUGGUUAAAGAUUGUAUUUUUUGGGCCAUGUUCACAACACGACGUAACUAAGUACUACUAUUUGGCAUGGCACAACAAUUUUUGCAUACCUUAUUCCUAACCCCCACUUGAC